UCCUUUUCAGCUGCGACGAAAAUGUCGUUUUGACUUUUGGGGACUGUGAAACCUCCGUACGCCAACUCUGAAGAAAAGUCGAGUUUCCCGUCUAUCUACCAAAUACCAAUACGGAUAAUGUUUGCUUUGCAUUGUUUAUAUACGAACAUACACGCGCGCAGUCAUAUAUUCAGAGGAUAUCGCGCGUGCGAUUCCCAAUUUCUCAUAGUAUAUGCAGCAGAGCAGAAGAGAAGAACAUAUCGAGCAGGAAUAAGGUGUGGAAAUGGAGGUGAAAAGCCGGGCUGUGAAGAAUCUCGUGACGAAAUUGAGUUCAGUUUCGGAGCGGAGCCGGACGGAAGCCAUCUGCGAGCUGCGAAUCAUUUCCAAGAACGACGCCGAGAGCCGGCCGUUGAUCGCCGACGCCGGCGCGAUCCCUUACCUAGCGGAAUCGCUCUAUUCCUCCGAUAAAGAUUGCCAGGAGAACGCCACCGCCGCCUUGCACAACCUCUCGAUCUCAUCCAAGGAUGCGCUGAUAUCCACGCGCGGACUCCUCGACGCGCUCUCACACGCCCUCCGAAACCCUAGCUCCGCCUUCACCGCCCAGUGCGCCGCCUCCGCCAUCUUUAGCCUCCUCACCGUGGAGGACUACCGCCCCAUCAUCGGCCACAAGCGGGAUAUCGUCUUCGGCCUAAUCGACAUCGCGAGAAACCCUAAUUCCGCUUCUAGGUCAAUCAAGGACGCGCUCAAGGCGCUUUUCGGGAUCGCGCUCUACCCUCUUAAUCGGUCCCAAAUCAUCGAGCUCGGGGCCGUCCCGGCGCUGUUCUCGCUGGUGUGCAAGGACGGUAGGGUAGGGAUUCUAGAAGACGUCACCGCCGUGAUCGCCCAAAUUGCAGGGUGCGAGGAGAGCUGGGAGGCCUUCAGAAAGGUUUCCGGCGUCGGAGUCUUGGUGGAUUUGCUGGAUAAUUCCACCGGAUCAAGCAAUCGGACCAAAGAGAACGCGGUUUCUGCACUAUUGAAUUUGGUGCAAUGCAGUGGGAAAGAGGUCACCGAGAGCAUUCGGGGACUGGUUUUAGGCGCAGUGGAUGGGAUUAUUGAAGUGGCGGAGAAUGGAAGCGACAAGGGGAGGAGCAAAGCCAUGGCAUUGUUGAAGCUUCUUGAUGUGAGCAGCUGUGAAUUCUAAGGGGUAAAGAUUGAAGCUUUUUCAUGCCACAGUUAUUUGUAGACUUAUAGCAGAGUUAUGUAAAAUAUGCGGUGAAGUGUGGAAGAAUGGAAGAUUAUGAACGCCCAGUUCAGGUGUACAGUUGUGCUGCUUAUCAUGUUUUGUACUGCUUAUAUGCUCUCUCAGUUUCAUACCAGUGCAACAAUCUAUGGGCACUAAAAGAGUAUCAAUCAUUAUCUUGAUCACUAUAGCAUUUGGUGCUAGGAAUUAGUCAAACUGAGUGUCAUUGAGUUGAUUACAGCAGAACUCAACACUAUGAUCUAAGAGGUAGAGAGCAAUGGAAUUAUAACAAAUUAACAAUUGAAUUAUGAUGAAGCUUCAGUGACUGGUUUUGAUUCUUAAAGUGAAUGGAAUGAUGUCAACAUAAUAUCUUCCAGACAGUGCUAUGUAAUAAGAUGAGCGGAGUGGUUUUGGGAUCUUGGAUUUGAGUGUUUUUGUUAUUGUUCUCUUUCCAUGGUGAUGCCAGGAUCAGCCAAUGAUAUUAGUUUAGUUGAUUCAACUUGUAAUUGAUUAGAUGAUUGGGGGCUAUCAUACUUUGUAAUGAAUUAAUUGAAGGAUGUAUUUCGGUUCAACUAAAAAUUUAAGACUGCACAUUUAUGCUUAUAUAUUAUGUGUUCAAUAGAA